AUGCCCAUUGUGUGCACAAGAGCCAAUGAGGCGUUACAGAACAACAUGCAACUGCUUGGUCUGGUUGAGCCUCUGGUUUGGACAGACAAGGAAAAAGCAUUCCUGGUGCUCUGGAUCUCAAGAGAGAGGAGGAUUUUGGAGAUGGUGUUGACACAUUUGGAGGUUUCACUGGGCUUGAGGAUGUCGUUGUGCUCACCAAAGACUUUGCCCGCAGUGACUUGUAAGAUGCUGUUUCAAUUCUCCAAAGUCCGAGCAGAAGAUUUGGCAUCCUGGAAGCUCAAGACAAUCAAUGUAUCUGGUGGUUGCAUGAGUGGGUAUCAGCAGAUCCUUGUAAAUACCAAACGGACCUUGUUGGCAUUGAUAGACAUCAGUGGAAAGCCUCAUUGGUCUCGUUCUCAAAUUGUCCAUAACAAAAAGCAGUCCCUUGGUCAGCCCAUUACAGGGAGAAGGAGGAGGAGGAGGGAGGAGGAAGAGGAAGAGGAAGAGGAAGAGGAAGAGGAAGAGGAAGAGGAAGAGGAAGAGGAAGAGGAAGAGGAAGAGGAAGAGGAAGAGGAAGAGGAAGAGGAAGAGGAAGAGGAAGAGGAAGAGGAAGAGGAAGAGGAAGAGAAGAGGAAGAGGAAGAGGAAGAGGAAGAGAAGAGGAAGAGGAAGAGGAAGAGGGAGGAGGGGGAGGGUGACAAGGGGGAGGGUGACAAGGGGGAGGGUGACAAGGGGGAGGGUGACAAGAGGGGGACAAGGGUGA